CCCAUGCUCCCUUCCUUUCACUGAACCCGUCUCCUCUUUCUUCUCCUUCCUUCUCUUCUUCCUCUUCACCCAUUAGACCUCGGUUUUCUCCUCUCCUCUCCUCUCCUCUCCUCUUCUCUCUUCUCUUCUCUGUAUCUCCUUCUCUCUCUUCUCUCUCUCUGUCUCUUCUCUUGUGCUUCUGUGGAUGACCCUUGAGACCAAAGGGAGGCAAAAUGGAGGGAGAGGGAGAAAAGGAGUUUCUGGUGGAAGAAAGAGAGGAAGAGAUGGUGGGAGCAACGGGGCCAAGAAAUCCCGUCAAAAGAAUGGGUUGGUUCAUCAAUCCUGGUGGGGGCUCUGGCGUCGCUCCCUUUGUGCCUUCGCGGCAUAAAGCCGCCUCCUUUGCCGCUACCGAGGCUCCCGAGAUCCUCUUCAAAGGGUGGAGGUCCCACCUGAGGAAGUGGGAGGAGUGGGUCCACAAGCUGGAGCCCAUGUAUGGCGAUUCCUGGAAGAAAGCCGGGAUUUCUGAGGCGAUCAAGGCCUCUGUUUACAAAAUCCGGAAGGACCCCGCGCUGGUUUUGGGGAUGGCCGCGUACUGGUGCGAGGAGACCAGCUCCUUUCUCUUCCCCUGGGGGGAGGCCACCAUCACGUUGGAAGAUGUCAUGGUUCUCGGGGGGUUCCCAGUGGUCGGAGAGCCGGUGAGGGGAUCGCUAGACGGCGAGCUCGCAGAGAUGGAGCAAAAGUUGGCGGCCGAACACAAGAAAUUCUAUAAGUAUACUUGCAAGAAACCCGAGCAGAGUGCAUGGAUGAGGCACUUUGUCGAGGGCGACGGCGACGAGUUCGAGCACGUCGCCUUCUUGUCGCUCUGGCUAUCAAGGUAUGUCUUCCCUGCUCAUCCUGAAAAAACUGUGUCUCUGCAUAUGUUCCCGAUUGCCGUUCGGUUGGCGCGAGGGGCGAGGAUAGCCCUUGGUCCGGCAGUCCUCGCGAGCCUCUACCGGGACCUGCAGGCAGUGAAGGAUUGUCUUGUUAGCAAAUGCGAGCAAGAGGUACCAUCUUUAGUUGUCUGGGCACCUUUUGAUAUAUUGCAAAUGUGGAUCUGGGAGCGGUUCGUCGCUCUGAGGCCUGAUGCGAAAAACUUUGUGCAUGAUGUUGAGCCAAGGACCAAAAGAUGGAAUGAUGUAAGUAAGAAGAUGGAAUUCUCAUUCAUUCGCUGGGUUUUUGAGUCGCCUAGCGAGUUUCAGUGGCGACCUUAUGCUAGUAGUUUGGAUAAUUGGAGGAGACCCUCCUUUUAUAAAGAGAAUGGGGAAUGGAUUCAUGGCUGUGCAGAUAAAGAUGAAGAGUUGAGAUCGUUUGCUCGGUGCUUGAGAGCUUCUGAGCUAGUCGGAGUGGAUUGUAUCAAACAGUAUCUUCCACAUCGGGUGGCGAUGCAGUUUGGAUUGGAUCAGGACUUGCCUGGUCAUGUCCGCCAUUCUUAUUCGAACUGGGAGGCUGCAUGGCAAACAUACGAAAUUGAUGCAAAGAAUGUUGUGUUUUAUAUUUCUCCUCAGCUUUUUGAGUCGGAUGUCACGCUCCAGUAUUCAGUUUGGUGGAAGAAGUACAUGCUGUUUUGUUGUAUUGAUGCAGUUAAAAGUAUUGUAGGUCCACAUAGUUCCUUGGUGAUUGGCGAAAAGGUUCUACGGAAUGCAGUGGCAGAGAAGAAGAAUAAGAAGGAGAAGAAAGAUGGCUCUCUGCCUACUCAUAAGAAGCGAAAGUUGCAAGAUUUCUAUGAUACCCCUCUCUCAGAUUGGUCUGAUUUUGAAAAUCGUUGCUGUGAUGGUAAGGACAAGCAUGUAAAACCUGAUAAGGCUUCCACACUUGCUAAUAAAAUUCAAAACCAGAAGCUAUUUGGAGAGCAGAAAGAAGAGAACAAAGAAAAUUUGGAGGCUUUGGGACAUAAUGAAGAGCAGAGAGCACAAACUGGAGAAUAUUUGGCAUCUGAAUCGCUGGACAAGGAGGAUGAAGCAACUAUGGACAAGACAACUAUGGGAGAUGUUGAGAGAACAGAAAUAAGUGUGAAGCUAUCUAAAGAACAUGCAGAGCAAAGCAACCAGAGUGCUGUGGCAACCAGAGAAAACAAAGUAAAGAACAGAACAGAAUUGGGAGAAGCUUGUCCACCUGAUCCAUUGGAAAUGAAGUAUAGGGAGCUGCUGGAAGAUGUUCAGAUGAAUGAACCUGAAGCAUCUGUUCCAUUUCUACUACAAGCAAGAUUCAAAUUGGAACAAGAGCGAAAAGCUAAAGAAUUAGAAGAACAAAUGGAGAUAAAAAAGCUUAAGGAAGAGAUUGAUAUGAUGCAAGCAAAACUUAUGGAUCUAGAAUAUCAGUCUGAGAGUUCAGGUAGUCACGGAGGACGAAGUUAGACCAGUUGAUGUGAAGGACUGCUGCAUCAAAAUGUAAGAGAUGAAUACUCUUGAAACCUUCAUUUGACCACUGCAUGUAAGGAAUGACAGCAUUCUUUGGCUAUGGUUUACUAUCUUGACUUUCAAGAAGAUGAACGGGCAAGGUGAUAAUUUAUUUACAUAGAAAUCUGUUAAAGAGUUCAUUUAGGUUAAAGGGUUGGGACAAACUUGUGGCAGAUAGCAAAAAGAUCCCAAAAUUUGAUGUACCAUAUAUUGAUCCAGUGACUUUAGAGGAAAGGAUAGGACAUAGUGACGGUGGCUGGAUGCUGGGCGAUCUAACUAGAAAGGAAUGCCAGAAGUUUUAGCAGGAAGAAGCAACUUCAAUGCAAAUUAAUAGAAGAGCCAGGCUGGCUGAGGACUGGUUUAGAGUGUGCCCCAGCAAAAUUCAGGUGGAGGUUGAGAAUCUGUUUAGUAAAAUGUACAUAUUUAACCAUGGUUGGAAGUUUGGGCUGGGUUUUGUUUUUAUUCUUCCAUUGCUGUUAUGUGGCUUAUAUUGUUAGCUGGUUGAUUUGAUCCUUGUCUUACCUGAGGACCCUUCCUUUCAUUAUCUCAAUGAAUUUGAUUGGGCACAUUGUGCUAUGUACCCUACCUUGAUACAUGAAGUAGAUUGGAAAGACAAGGGAUAAGGCUUGAUGUUUAGGUGUUCAGCUGGACUUGUGACAUAUGCUAUCCAAGUCUGAAGAGCUACCCAUCUUCUUGGUGUCAUUCAUUUGACUGGAUGAGGACUUGGGACAGAGCAACAGGCUGUAGUUUUGCAGAACAGUUUAUAUAUCAUACCUGUAGAUAAAUUGAUUUAGACUUUAUUGUUUCUUGUUAUAAGCUGGGUUUAUGGUGUUUGUUCUGAAUUAUCCAUAUUUCCAUCAUUAGUGAAUGGUGAAGUUGAGAGUAGUAAAAUAUGAAGGAUAUGCUGUGAAUCAGCUGAACUGGUCUUGUACUUAUGUCUCCCCAGAUUUGUAGUUAUCAUCUGGUGAAUGCUUCUUCUUGUAUGAUACUUAAA